ACGUAAUGACGUUGUUUGUACGCUGGUAGCUGGAAGGUGGCUAAAAGUUAGCUCAUACAGGACAGAAGGUGACGUUUGGGCAACUCUGAACGUUCUGUCAGCUACAACAUCAAGCGGGCUUCUGGGCGAUUGUGUUCGGGUCGAAAGGUCGACCUCCGCGUCUGUCCGCUCACCGGGAUUCCGUUUCGACGCGUUAGCAUCGGAGGCUAACACGGUCCACGAUGGAGGGCAGCGCCAGUGUGAGGAAAGCGUUGUCCGGGACUCUCGUCCCUUCGGCGGUCACAACUGUGGCUCUCCGACAGCCUUCCGAGGAGGACGGCAGAGACAAGCUGAAGAGGAAAGUUCUCGAUGAAGAGGAGUAUGUCGAGAGUUUGGAAAAAAUCAUCCAGAGGGACUUCUUCCCAGAUGUGACGAAACUGCAAGCCCAGAAAGAUUAUCUUGAAGCAGAGGAAAAUGGAGAUCUAGAGAGAAUGAGGGCGAUAUCCAUUCGCUAUGGAUCGUCUCUGGCAAAAUCUACACCACAAUCUUCCGCACCCUACGUGACUCCGGCCAGCUUCGAGACACCAGUUGAGCGUACAGGAUCUCCCUCCUCCACUUACGGCAGUAAAGGUGUUUCUGGAGAGAAGAAAGACGAUGACAAAGAAGAGAAAAGGCUGCCCAGUCUUGACCACUUCCUGGCUAAGAAUACCAGCGAGGACAAUGCAUCGUUCGAGCAGAUCAUGGAUCUUGCAGAAGACAAGGAGAAAUUGAGGCAUUCCUGGUUAUAUGAGGCUGAGGCUGAAUUCAAAGAGCGUCAUGAACAGAACCUGGCUUUGCCGCCAGUAGAGAAGGCAGCACUCGAAUGCGUCAAGGCUGGGCUGGAGACAUGGGAGUACAAAGCAAAGAAUUCCUUGAUGUAUUAUCCAGAGGGUGUUAAAGACGAUGACGCCAUCUUUAAGAAGCCACGGGAGGUCGUUCACAAGAACACUCGCUUUACUGGAGACCCAUUCAGCAAAGCGUUAAACAAGAGUCAGAUUCAACAGGCAGCAGCUCUCAAUGCACAGUUUAAACAGGGAAAAGUCGGUCCUGAUGGUAAAGAGCUCAUCCCACACGAUUCUCCAUCAGUGAAUGGAUACGGUUAUGAAAGAACACCGUCACCAGCACCUGGUGUUGCUGAGUCUCCUCUGAUGACCUGGGGUGAGAUCGAGAGCACCCCGUUUCGCCUGGACGGAUCGGACACUCCGUAUGUUGAGAGGAACCACGGCCCCUCAUUCAAGAUUCCAGAACCGGGAAGACGAGAGAGGCUGGGAUUAAAGAUGGCCAAUGAAGCCGCUGCUAAAAAUCGUGCAAAGAAACAAGAAGCAUUACGAAAGGUCACAGAAAACCUGGCAAGUCUCACACCUAAAGGUCUGAGUCCAGCCCUCACGCCGGCCCUGCAGAGGCUCGUCAAUCGGACGUCUAGCAAGUACACGGACAAGGCGCUGCGAGCGAGCUACACCCCGUCGCCGUCGCACAGAGCCGCCGGCUGCAAGACUCCCCUCGGCGGGCCGGCCACCCCUUCAGGAACACCCACACCCAACAAGGCCAAGACGCCGGGCUCGCAGGACCUGACGUCGCUCACAGACAACCUGCUGCAGCUCCCCAAGAGGCGGAAAGCUUCAGACUUUUUCUGAGGAAGAGAAGCUGCUUUAAGCAGGGACUGUACAGAAACGGACUCAUCACAACACCGAAGACUCUGUCAAAUUCAAGAGCCGGUCUGUUCCGCUGGAGGACUUGAUCAAGACGUGUACAGUGAACUGGAGGAUUUAAAGACCGGUGUGUCGAAGCGUCUUGGAUCAAUAAAACCGACUGCUCCAAGCAUUUAAAUUAUGUUGUUUUUUUUGUUGUUUGUUUUCAAAUGUAGUUUUAAAUAAAAUGGUUGUUUUUUGUACAGCUGCUAUAAUUCCAACAGACUUUUUCUUAUUACCUGUUGUAUAUCAUUAAACAUUUUUGGAUGAGAACACCAGAUGGCAUCCUA